GGCCCGCGGCUGGAGCCGGAACCCGGCCGGGCUGGGAAGCGUCAGACAGCUGCGAGGCUGUAGAGCGCGGACCAGUGAGGCAGGGGUUGCGCGCGCGCUCCCCCUCCCUCCCGGCCGUCUCGCGCGCCGCCGGGCUGUGGAGCCCCAGCUCGGAGCCGGAGUCCGUGGUCCCCUGCCCGGGGCCGCGUUCCUUGCCGCUCCCGCCCGCCCCGCCGCCGCCGCCGGGCUCCGGAGGAUGGAGCUGUUCCAAGCCAAGGAUCACUACAUCCUGCAGCGCGGGGAGCGGGCGCUCUGGUGCAGCCGGAGGGACGGUGCCCUGCAGCUGCGACCCGCCACGGAUCUUCUUCUGGCCUGGAAUCCCGUCUGUCUGGGUCUGGUGGAGGGAGUGAUUGGGAAAGUUCAGCUUCAUACAGAUCUACCGUGGUGGCUACUUCUCAUUCGCCAGAAAGCAUUGAUUGGAAAGCUUCCAGAAGGCCAUGAAGUAUGCAAAAUAACCAAAAUUGCAGUGAUUCCACUCUCUGAAACGGACCCUCAGGAUCUGGAGUUGGAGCUCUGUAAAAAGCAUCACUUUGGGAUAAAUAAGCCAGAGAAGAUUACACAGUCUCCAGAUGACUCUAAAUUUCUACUCAAGACCUUUACUCAAAUUAAAUCAAAUGUGUCUGCAUCAAAUAAAAAGAAGAUAAAAGAAAGUAAGGAGAAGGAGAAACUGGAGAGGAGAUUAUUAGAAGAACUCUUCAAAAUGUUCAUGGAUUCAGACUCCUUUUACUACAGUCUGACUUAUGACCUAACAAACUCUGUCCAGAAGCAAAGCUCAUGUGAGAAGGCUAACUUUCCGCUGUGGAGGAAAGUUGAUGACAGAUUCUUUUGGAACAAACACAUGAUUCAAGAUCUCAUCAAUACUGAUAACGCAGAAGUGGACUCUUGGAUUAUACCCAUCAUCCAGGGAUUUGUACAGAUUGAAGAACUUGUAGUUAAUUACAAUGAUGCAUCUGAUGAUGAGAAAAGCAGUCCAGAGACGCCUCCUCAGGAGCCAAUUUGCGUAGAUGAUAUUCACCCGCGAUUUCUGGUAGCACUUAUCUCACGCCGAAGUCGGCACAGAGCUGGGAUGCGGUAUAAGCGAAGAGGUGUUGAUAAAAAUGGGAAUGUGGCAAAUUAUGUGGAGACAGAGCAAUUGAUUCAUGUCCAUAAUCAUACUCUCUCAUUUAUUCAAACACGAGGCUCUGUGCCAGUGUUCUGGAGUCAGAUUGGAUACAGGUACAACCCACGACCACGACUGGACAAGAGUGAAAAGGAAACUAUACCCUAUUUCUGUGCACACUUUGAAGAACAACUGAAAAUUUACAAGAAACAGGUUAUUAUUAAUUUGGUGGAUCAGACUGGACGAGAGAAGAUUAUUGGAGAUGCUUACCUUAAACAAGUGCUAUUAUACAACAAUUCAAACCUUACUUAUGUUUCCUUUGACUUCCAUGAGCACUGCAGAGGAAUGAAGUUUGAAAAUGUUCAAACAUUAACUGAUGCCAUUCAUGAUAUCAUCCUUGAUAUGAAGUGGUGUUGGGUUGAUCAAGCUGGUGUGAUUUGUAAACAAGAAGGAAUUUUUCGUGUUAAUUGUAUGGACUGUCUGGAUCGGACCAAUGUAGUCCAGGCUGCUAUUGCAAGAGUGGUCAUGGAACAGCAGCUGAAAAAGUUGGGUGUGAUGCCACCAGAACAGCCUUUGCCAAUGAAAUGCAACAGAAUCUACCAGAUAAUGUGGGCAAACAAUGGAGAUUCCAUAAGCAGACAGUAUGCUGGAACAGCAGCUUUAAAGGGUGACUUCACAAGAACUGGCGAAAGGAAACUGGCAGGAGUAAUGAAAGAUGGAGUCAAUUCUGCAAAUAGAUACUACUUGAAUCGCUUCAGGGAUGCUUACAGGCAAGCAGUCAUAGAUUUGAUGCAAGGUAUCCCUGUGACUGAGGAUCUUUAUUCCAUAUUUACAAAAGAGAAAGAACAUGAAGCACUGCACAAGGAGACAGUGAGAAGCCAUCAGGAACUGAUCAGCCAGCUAUUGCAAAGUUACAUGAAACUACUCUUACCAGAUGAUGAAAAAUUCCAUGGUGGAUGGGCACUUAUUGAUUGUGACCCAAGCCUCAUUGAUGCUACUCACAAAGAUGUGGAUGUUCUAUUGCUGCUUUCGAACUCUUCCUACUAUGUGGCGUAUUAUGAUGAUGAAGUUGACAAAGUAAAUCAGUAUCAAAGACUAAGCCUCGAAGCCUUGGAGAAAAUAGAAAUAGGUCCUGAACCCACCCUUUUUGGAAAGCCCAAGUUCUCUUGCAUGAGGUUGCAUUAUAAAUACAAUGAAACAAGUGGAUAUUUUCAUACUCUCAGAGCUGUGAUGCGCAACCCUGAAGAAGAUGGAAAAGACACCCUUCAGUGUAUUGCAGAGAUGCUGCGAAUCACGAAGCAAGCUAUGGGAUUAGAUGUGCCCAUUAUUGAAAAAAAGCUGGAGAGGAAGAGCAGUAAACCUCAUGAGGACAUCAUUGGCAUUAGAUCCCAGAAUCGAGGAUCCCUGGCCCAAGGCAAGAAUUUCUUAAUGAGCAAGUUUUCAUCUCUUAAUCAGAAAGUCAAACAAACCAAAUCCAAUGUUAACAUUGGCAGUCUUCGCAAGUUAGGGAAUUUUACCAAGCCUGAAAUGAAGGUCAAUUUUUUAAAACCCAACUUGAAAGUUAAUCUUUGGAAAUCAGACAGUAGCCUUGAAACUUUGGAAAAUCCAAUGGCAGAUACUAAAGUUCGUGCUGAAUCAGAUAUUGAAAUAUCAGAUGAUGACUCUUUUCAUUCCGAUGACUUCCUGACAAAUUCUAAAUCUGAUGAGGACCAUCAGUUAACUGGCUCUUUAGAGAAUGUGGGACAGAUAGACUAUGUUUUGCCCAGCUGUGGUAUCAUUGCAUCUGCUCCUCGACUGGGUAGCCGGUCCCAGUCUAUAAAUAGCACUGACAUCAACAUUAGCAUUCACAUUCCUUCAGAGAUCCAUGUUACCCAGGCUAGCAGGCCUGAGUGUGAAGACAGACCUAUGCAGGGAAAUCCUUUUGCUGACAAUGUGGCGAUGGAGUUCAUUAAACCCAUCGAUGCGUACUGCCACAGAUUUGUACAAGAUGCUCAAAAUAAGAUGACAGAAGCUUCAGUGGCAGAGACUGCUCCUCAAAAGCCCUGCCAAGGAGUAGAUCAAACCAGCAAUAAUGCUUCUCAGAAAACAGAAACCUGGUCUGAAACAAACAGAGACAUCCCUUCAAGGCCAUCUAAAUUGGAUGUACCAUUUUCUGAGUCAGGUUCUCAGUUCUUAGCUGUUGAGGAAGUUUACGCCAAUAGAUCUCAUAAGAGCCCAGGAUCUGCAUCCAGUAUUCUUGAAGUUGAGACAGGACUUCAUAUGACUCCUUCUCCAGCAGACAGUAACGGCAGCAGAGCAGUCUCUCCCUUUGCUAAGAUCCGCAGUUCUAUGGUCCAAGUUGCUAAUAUUACACAAGCUGGAUUGACCCAAGGGAUAAACUUUGCAGUGGCAAAGGUGCAGAAGAGCCCAGCAGAACCGGAGGUUGUAAAUGAAGUCCAACAAAAUGAACUGAUAGAAAUGUUUACACAGUGCCAGACCCGAAUUAUUCAGAUUUAGUUGCUAACUUAGAAAAUACUCUUGUUGUGGCUUGUACAUAUUCUUAAAUUCAUACUGGAAGACCCAUGUAACGUGAAUUGCCACUGAACACUGGGAUAAAAUACCAAUAAUUAUGUUUACAGGAAGUGUUUUUGAUGCAAGUUGAUUUUGGUUCUGAAUAGGUUUCAGAAUUCCCUCAAGCAGCCGAGAUGAUAGAAAGACAUACCAUACUGAACAGGUAGCCUAUACACUGGUAUUUAGUAAGCACGCUGUUCAUUUUAAAUAGAUUGCACAGUUAUCUUUUUGAGACAGAUUUUGUAGGUCUUCUGAUUUGUGUAGAAUAUUUAUAGUAAAAGGGGCUGGUACUGCACUUCUUUUGUUACCUUGCUAAUCUUGCACUGCACCAGCAACAUAUUUUACUGACAAAUUACAUUUAUUCUAUUUAUUUUUGAACUAGUUUUUUUUACUUAAUUUUUUGUGUGUGGUUUCCAUUGAAUUCUCGACACAUUCCUCAAGAAAUGGUGUCUUUGCAAUGGAAAUUGAUAAAUUUUGCUAUACAUAUAGUUACAUUAACUGGAAGUUUAGACUCUUCCCUACCACCACUCUUGUCUGUCCUACCUCAAUUAAAGGAUAAGACAGGCUGCAACAAUCUAUAAUAUCUAAUUGCUUGAAGUGCAACUUCUUAAAGUUUGUGUGAGGGUUUUGUGUAAAACCAAUGGGAACUAAUGUUCUUUUAAUUAUCUUGCCGGUGUUAGUUAUCCUUUUCCCCAUUCUGUUCUACUAAACACACUGCUCUAUAAUUUCUUUGUCCCCUGUAAUAAGGUAAAACAAACAGGGUACUCUACAUCCAGAACUAAGUGCUUAGUGUAUCAGGGUACAUCCUGAUGUUCUGUUCAUUUGAUUAGAAAAUUUAACUGUCCUUUAGCCAAAAGCAGCAAGUGAUUAAACUAGCAAACCAUAGAAGGAAAGUGUACUCAUUUCAUGAGGUUAGUCUGGUGAUUUUUAAAAUCAGAUUAUAGUAACACGUAUCAAAACAGUUAAUUUAGUUUUAAACCAACUCAACCUUCGUGAUAUUCGCAUGGAUGAGGCUGAACUUAUACUUGUGCAGGGAACUGGGGUACCAAUAAAUGUAUGUGUAAGGAAUUAAAUCUUUAGAUUCUUGAUUUUUCCCAGAAUUGGCCUUCCAACACUGUUCUGUUGUAGGAUGUCAUCUAUAGAAACUAUAGCAUAACGCAGGAUCUUGCGAUACAGUGGUUCAUAACUAUAACCACCACUAUUCUAGAGCCAGUGCCUCUGUGUUUUAGUACAUGUACUGUAGAUAGAUCACACGUGGUGUUCUAAGCAAUUAACAAGUGUCAUGAUGGUAGCAAGGUGUCUUAGAACCUCUCUAGUGUAACCGAAGUAAUUAUUGUCUGGACUUCGAUAAAUAAUUUCAACUUUGUUAUUUAUUUGUUUUAUUACAGUGAUGCGGUUUGUUUUGUGGAGUGUGUCUAUAUACAUUUGUGACUAUAUUUAAAAAUAAAAUACAUUGUAUUUUAAGGUGAGGGAUGAACAUGAGAAAUAUUUUAAUUAAAAAAAAAAUUAAAG